AGAAGUUUCCAACGUGACCAAUGGCUGCCAACUCAUCGAAAUGUUGACGGAUGUGCGCUGAAGUCUCCGGUUCAUUUCGAAAGAACUUGUAGUGUAAAAAAGUUUUUUCGACUUGUUUUUAACGCUCGUGAACUUGCCCGAGGGCGACGUGAAAAUGAAUUCCGGGAAUUUCGCGAUUUUCGGGCUCCUGUUCCUGAUUGUCGACGUCCACAGUAUCAUGUGGUAUUUGGAGCCGAAUCAGCACAAAUGUCUAAAAGAAGAGAUCCAAGCUAAUGUUCUAGUCACCGGGGAGUAUGAGGUGUCUGAGGCACACGGGCAGAAAGUCGACUACGUGAUCAAGGAUUCGAGAGGGCACAUUCUUUCACAAAAGGAAGAUAUUCCUCAUGGAAAGUCUCUGAAGUUUUCUUUCGUCACUGAAGUAUACGACACCUUUGAAAUUUGUUUCACUUCCCAUGUCCCAAAUCAGGAACGAGGCAUGAGACAGGAAGUUUCCUUAAUUACAAAGCGAGGAAUCGAAGCCAAGAGUUACGAAGGUCUGAUUGGCGAAGCGUCAAAAUUGAAACCAAUCGAGGUUGAGUUGAAGAAAUUGGAAGACCUUUCAGAAGCAAUCGUGCAGGAUUUCGCGAGAAUGAGAAAGAACGAGGAGGAAAUGAGAGACACCAAUGAAUCAACAAACGCCCGAGUUCUCUACUUCAGUAUAUUCUCGAUGUUUUGCCUCCUGGGUUUGGCGACCUGGCAAGUCUUCUACCUGAGACGUUACUUCAGAGCAAAGAAGCUUAUAGAAUGAGUAAUUUGUUUUCCCCAAUCAUUCACAAGACUGACGAAAACUUUAAGCAAUCUUAAAGGUACUUUGCGAAGUCUUGGAAGAAAUUUCCGCUGAUGGGAAUUUUCGGCGGAAAGUGUAAGCAUGCAAAGUGAAAAUAUCUUGAGCGUCAUGCCAUGUAAUAAUAUUAUUGUACAAAUCAACCGACCAUCCUUCACCGAAAAAAAAAACUUUUGUAUCUUACACCAAUCUCUCAUCCACACCAUUCGAAAUGUAAAUCAGGGGGAACGUUCGAACCAAAUCUUUCAAGCGCGCAUUCAGCUAAACUAAGUAAAACAAAUCGAAUCGCUAUAAUUUUCUUAACCCGUAAAAUAGAAAGUUAAAUAGGUAACCAAAAAUAGAAAAAUCAAUUUUUAUUUUAUUCUUGUGAAGAUGAAAAUAAAAAUGCAAGCGACAAGGUCAAUAAAAAAAGGUUCGCUUCGCUUUAUUUGCAAUUUCCAUUAACGUAAGCAAUCGAGUGAUUUAGUUGUUACAAAAAAAUGAUUACUAUACUUAAGAUAUCUAAGGUAUUCUGGGAUUAUUUAAGCGUCGUGGAUUUGUUUAUUCCUUUUUUUGUUGUUUCAGUAAAUAUAUUUCAUAAUUAUAUUUAACCGAAAUUUUUUUCUU